UAAUGAUAUAAUAAUACAUGAGAGGAACAGAGUCCUAUUGGCAGGUGUGGGCUCGCUAAGAUGAGGUAGCCAGACUGCCAUCUAACCCACGUUACAUACCAAGCGAGGACUAACUGGAAAAGCAGGAAAUAGAAAUGAAACAUCUCACUUGUCUUUUACUCUUCGGUAACCGGGAAGUGAAACCCCAAAUACUGGCAAGCAACAGCGGUGAAAGUUGUUUACUAUCUUUUUUCUGCACUGAGACCGCCGGUCACACCAAACGGCUGCGUAGAGAAUGUGGGAAGUGUACGCGAGAUGUUUUACAGCCAGCUGACCGCGAGAGAACAACCUGUCAAGCCUGUCAGAUAAUGUAUGGAAGCCGAGGAGGGGCAGCACAGUUCCCACUCCUGAUGGUCUCUAUACAACCAGCCUGCUUUUUAAUCCACAGUCGGACCGCAUUUGCUCUGGAGGAAUUACAGCCACUGCUUCUUUUGUUUCGUCAAACUGGCGCAAACUAGCCAAGACUUAGACUGGAAGUUAAGUUUUUUUCCUUGUAAACAACGCUAGUAAACGAGUAGCCUACUCGCUAACCGGGUGGGCACACAAACGCUGAGACUGUCCGUGUGAACUCGAGGACUGGGAGACAAAUGUAACCACCGUGGGUAGAUACAGGACAGCAGGAACUAUACAGCCAACUGUUUUGUUACUGUUAUUGUACAAGUGAAAUUUUUGGCGUGAUAAUACACCCUUUUACAACUGAAUAGUUUACAUUUAUUAAUUUAUGCCAAUAGGAUGAUUGUUAUAACCUCACUGCGAAAACCAGAAUGAAGGUGCUGUAUUAUUACCUGGACGCGGACUUUGAAAAACUACAUACCGGAAGUCUAAUGUGUUGUCAUUGUGUGUAGUUUGACUACAUGCUGAUCGGAUCACAUAUCUAUCCCGUAGCUGUCCACUUCUUCCUCCUUCCUAACUAAAUGAUUAUGGAGCUCGUGCAGUGUCCCGACAGCACACACGGCGCGUCUCUCCGUUUCAGCGCACCCAGAGUCUGCAGGUAGCCCGGCAGGUGGCUCAGCGGCAUGCCGUCUGAUGUGGAGUACAGCCCGGUGGGAGAGGGGCUGGGGAUGCGGGACUACUGGUUCUAUGUGUGGCUGCGGAGGGCGGCGGUGAUAGCUGCUCAUGUCACCGGCCUGGGCCUGACCCUCAUCAUCUCCCUGCUGUCCAGACCCGGAACCAGUCUGUUUUCUUGGCAUCCAGUGUGUAUGUCUGUUGCAUACUGCCUGUGUAUGACUGAAGGCAUCCUCCUCUUCUCGGCUGAAGGAUCCCCCUUUUGCUUCAAAUCUCGGAAGGGUAAAGUCCGUCUCCACUGGUUUUGUCAGGGUCUGGUCCUGAUAGCUGCUGCCACUGGGCUGGGGUUCAUGGUUGCCAGCAAGAACGUGUCCGAGAUUCCCCACCUGGUCAGCUGGCACAGUCUGCUGGGCAUCUGCACCUUGGCUGCCACCGUGCUCCAAGCGGGUUGCGGUAUCUGCGUGAAGUUCCCAAAGCUGCUGCGUCUUUCCUCCUCUCCACCGAGGCUGAAGCUGUACCACGCUACCUGUGGUCUAGUGGUCUACCUGCUGGCCACAGUGACCGUGGUCUCGGCCAUGUUCUCAGAUUGGUUCCAGGCCACGGUGAAAGGCACAGCCUGGUGGGCUUUCCUCCUGCUGCCCCUCUUCCCCGCCCUGGUGGUGAUGAACCAGAUCACUAAUGCCUACCUGCCCCGCAAGAAGAUCACCAGCUAGGAAACACAUAGCACAAGCAGAUUUGCUUUAUUCACUUGGUGGUCAUUUUGGAUUUACGUUUUGCACAGAAGCUCAGAGAAUCAGAUGGAAGCAAGAGUACCCCGCUAAAACAUUGACGAGAAAACAACUAAAGCAAACAGCUUGCUGGUCGUCCCACAGACUGUGAAAACAUGGGUGUCUGUCUUUCACUGCAAGUAUCUGAAGAGAAGUUUGGUAGCCUGGACUUUACUGCUUGCCAAGAUCUUUGUCAGAGCCAGAAAUUCUUCAUUUGGCAAAAGGCCAGAGUCUGAGGGAAACUGAGAUUAGACAUGCAAAAACACCAUAUUUGAUUUUGAUAAUCUGUGUUUACUAACAGUAAGUCUGUACCCUCAAAUUGAAUGAUUUCUUUGUGCACUCAGAUUAAUUUCUCUGAUACCUCGAGGACUCAGCAAUUUUUCAGUUUUCUUAAAGCCAGCAUCUAGUGGCCAGUAGAAGAACUGCAACUUAAAACACUGACUUUGGCAUCUUUGGCAUCCUCAAGCUCUGACUCCUGCUGAAAUAAUAAACUGUCAAAGAAUCUGAUGACACUAUGCAUAAUAUGUGGGCUAUCAUGCCAAGUGUACAUGCUUGGAACUGAAAAUGUACUGGAGGCAAUCCCAUAGCUGGAGCUGGCUGACACCUAAAUGUCUUUCAUCUGUUGCAUCCCCAGAGGAAUAUUUUCACUUGGUAUGUAAUGAAAACAAAAGUCUCAAAGACAGUGUAUAUAGACUGGUUUCUGAGUGGAUCUGAAGCACCUACUGCUGUUUGUGUGAGGACACAGCCUUAGUGAUGAAAGUGCUGUGGAUUGUUGCACCAGCCUGUAAAUUCUAUUUAUUUAUUCAUUUAUGAUAUUUUUGUGUUGUGUCUGUCUUGGUUGCUUAGAGGUGCUACAUGUAGCAUUUUAGCAUUAAAAUUUCAUCAAUAAGUAUUUCCUAAUAUUCAGUCCCUCCAGGAUGUUGCGAUGACAAUAAUUUGUGCAAACUCAGCCAAUCCCUGUGAUUCUGCACAAUCUGUCAAUUUUAUUCAACCACUGCAACUUUACUGCUUAAACAGGUAAAAUCUCAUUUAAGUUGCAUGCAGUGUAUUGAUGGCUUUCUGUUUAUCGUGACACUAGCUCACUGCUGCAGGACUGGAGCUCUGUGCCUGGGACCGAGUCCCACACACACAGUGACAGGGCCAACAGUUCACACAACUAUCAUUAUCCAAUGUCCAAUAACAGGUUUAACUACAAAGGUUAGGAGUCAGAGGUUGUGAUGAGAUCAUAAUGUGCUGUGGUAGUUUGUACUAACAGGGCAGAGAGUGCAGGAAGAGAGCGGCUCACGGAGACAGUUGACAAUCAGCUGUUGCAAACAUUUGCCAAAUUCCGGAGGAACUUAAUAUUAAAAUUGAAUCAAAUGACGACAUGUAAAGUGAAAGCGGUCACUUGCAGCUGGUGAAUACAGUGGAGCAUUUAGCGGCUAAAGCAGGAUAUUUUUUUUCAGGAGUUGUUGGUGACCAAACCAGAGCUAAAAGGAGAGUGGAGUCAUCAGAUGGACACAAACACCACUCCAAAUGAAUGCUUAUGUUGCUCUUUGAUACAACUGUUUUCUAACACAUUAGCCAUAAUGUUGCUGCAGAGUGCUUCUGUUCCUUAUUGGCCACAAAAAUUAAUCAAUUCAAAUUUAUUAGAGCAGAGAGAGCCACAGGGAUGUCGAGACAGCACUACAAUGGUUGUAAACAAAUGAGAUCAUUGUAUUGUUAAUAUUGUUUUUUAGGGACAAUGGCAUGGCUGGAUAGGUAGCUAGUCUUGUUAAACAUACUGUCAAAAUACAUUUACUGUUUUUCAACUAUACACAGUGUUACUGACUGUGAAUCUUGCUAGCAUAACAUUAGCUCUCUGGCUCAUAGCUGAGCAAACACAGCUGGCACUGGAAGUUAAUUUGACGUCAGAAAGAUGUCAAACUCUUACGUCCGACAGACGUUAAAUUAUGGUUGGAAUGAAAAUUGGAUUGAUGAUAUUUUUACUGUCUAAUGACAUUAGAAUUUCACAUUGUGUGGACAUUAACAGUAUGACGUAUCGCAGAUGUUGGGUUUUAGUCUCCAUACCUCAUAACUAAAUGUGGUUAUUCUACUUCAAACUGAUGUUAGCAUUAGACGUUGCUCUGACAUUGAGUUUUGGUUACCUGAUGUCACAACUUAAAUUCAACCAAAUAUCAACGGCUAAUGACGUUGUUGGCCAGCUGUGAAAGGUUCUCCCAUUGCCAAGUCGUAUCUAAGGUUUGUCAUAUUUACUGGAGUAGUUGAACGUUUCCAUUGCAUAUGAAACUUAUGGGAUACCAGGGAAACUGAGUUAUGGCUCUUUAAAAACUUUAGAUUUUGAUUGUAAAAUAAGUGGUCUUCGAAAAACAUCAGCUUUAGCAUCAUCAUUGGUGUUAGGAAAUGGUUUUCUUGAUGAUGCCUCAUUUGAUUAUAAAAAUGCUAGCAUUGCUAACCUAACUGACUCCUGAAAAUCUACAUGUAGCACCUCUAGUUCUGUCACUAUGAACAUGUGACCCCUUUCUGUCUUUUAAGUGGUUGUUUGUUAGCCAUGCUCUCAGUGUUUUGUUUGCUUUUAUAAUCAAUGGGAAAAAUGAACAUGCAUUCACUCACGUGUUGCUUUGUCAUACAAGGCCAAAGGCACAAGCUUUCUUCUAGCAAAUAUGUCAUCAAUCAGUUCCUCCAGGAACCGUACUAAAAUAAACCAAUCCCCUAUCAGAAGACCUGAAAACUGAACCAAUCCCUGCACUUUUCCAUCCAAUUCAGAACUAUUGUUAAGAGCCAAGGUCAAUAAAUCUCAACUUGGUCUCAACAACCUGGCCUCCUCUAAAUCUCACCAAACUACUAAUACAUUUCUACCAAUCUACAACUAUUUUUACCAACAAACUAACCAUUUGAUACUCUAUAUGGAGCUUGUUGGGAAGGAUACACAGCACGGGAGGAAGCACGACCUGACAGGCCAAAUUCAGGGCAAAUAAAAGUCUGAAGCGGGUAGUUUUCUAGAAAAGCAGCUGCAGUUUGUGUUAUUUUAAGCUGCAAUAAUCAGGACAACACUCGGUGAGACCCUGGUGAGACAGAUGAAUGUGGACCUAUUAAACCUGAUGCACAAAGACCUAUUGGAUGUACUGAUCCUCCAGCACCUUGCCUCAACCUCUUUUUAUUAGUCACUGCUAGGCAGCUUAUGCAAAUAUAAAUCCGUAGUGGUGUUUCCUUUUUGACAUAAUACUAAGUCGAUUAUAAAUCAUUGGAUGGCCCUCAGACUGCAAGCAGUGAUAUCGACUGUGUCGUGAAAGCUGAAGUAGGUAACUGUUAUAAAAAUAACUUUUUGUGAUAUUUGCUGAAACUGUCACUGUAUCCUGACAGUAGUACAUUAGAUAUUGUGUGAAAACAAAAUCUGGUUCCUCCUAGUGCUGCUAAUGGCCUUUGCAAGAAUCCACUGCGCCUGAACCAAAACAACAAAUCAGAGCCAGGGGAAGUCAUUAAUCCAGCUGUUGAUCAUGUCAACCACUGCUUGUGCACAGGAUGUUUAGCCAACAACAGCGCACAGAGCAAAGACAAGUAAAAAUUAGAAGACCAUUGACUAAAAGCCUGCUUUCACUUCCACUGAAGAUCAACAGUCUUCUUCUCUUUACUCGUAUUUGCCAUGCUGUCGUUUGCAAAGGAGGAAUGGGGAGUUUUUUCAUUGCUCGUGGCUGUUUCUCAGCCAUUGUGUAUGCAGUGCUCCUUCUGAAGAUAUGCACUGAAGUGGGAGCAUAGUCUCCUUUGCUCUGAUUGGUUGUUUUCGUUCAAGUGCGUUGGAUUCUUGAAAAUGCCAUUAGGAGCACUAGGAGGGGCCAUAAGAACUAGAUUUUUUACACAUUAAUUGUUUAGUACGACUAUAUUACUGCAAUGGUCUUCUAGGACUUUCAAAACAAGCUGCCACACUGCCUGUCAGGAUAUAGUGACAGUUUCAUCAAAUAAAACAAAAGCUAUUUUUUAAAUAAAAGUUACCUACUACAGCUUUAAUAUAAGAGAUACUGAAAGAUAAGUCAACACAUCUUUGUCCUCCAAAAGCACUCAUCAGAUGUAGAUUGCACUUAAUGCUGGGAAAUUGUAAGAAAACCAGGAAAUAAUACACCUUCCAUGAGUUCAUUUGCAGACUGGGUUUGACCUUUUAGCUGUAUUUCAUGAAAAUCAGGGUUUCUACUGAUAAGAUGAGGAUUUUUUUCCUCAACUUUUUUCUUUCCUGCUUUUGUUAGCAAUUUUCUAUGUGAUUUAUGAAAACAUGUACUGCAAUAAAUGUACAAAAGUGUAAGUACUUUGCCUUGAUGAGGGAGUGGAAAUCAUAAUUCCAGAUUUAAUGUGAAUUUUGUAACUUCUUUACCUUUUUUGGUCCUACUGAGCACAACUCGCUCACAAAUAAACGUAUUCUGUGUUCAACGUGCUACUCAAGUCUUUGCAUUACGAGUCUGUUCAGAGUGUUAAUGAGGUAAUCAGAAUGUAAGUUGUAGGUUUGUAUUUAUCCAAUCCUUGUCAGCAGGUUGCUGCCUGUGAACCUUCUGUAAUAAACAAAUAUCUACAUUUGAAUUUGUAGUGUUUGUUUCUAUCUCUAAUGAGGCAAAGCCACCCUUGAAUACCUUUUUUUUUUUUUUUUUAACUGGUGACAAACCAUUUCAUGUUUCAGACUGCAGAAAACUACAUCAGAGGAGAAAUAACUUUCUUGAGCUGUCAUUUUCACAAUCAAAGAUUUCCAGCAUAGAAGAGUGAUACCAGCCUCUACCCCUUCAGUAGUGGGAAAACAACCCAGAAUGCAAUGCAGCCUUAUGUUACUUUUAUGCUUCAGAAAUCCAAGGAUAAGGCUGCCAAUAUUCUAUAUAUUUUUCUUAUCUUUUACAAACAGGUAGCAACCUCCGGGGCUAAAAAAAUGAAGCCAACGCAGAGUGCCAAAUGCUGCAGUUCUUCUAAUGGCCACUUGAGGCCAGCUCCAAGAGCGAGUCAACCCCCAUAGACCCCCAUGUUAGAAUGCCCAACUUUACAACUGAAAUAAACAUGUUUAUAGCCUCGUACAAAAAACUGUUUUGAUCUCUGUAAUUCAUUUCCUCAUCCAUGACAGCUGUAUGGGGGAUGGAUUUUUAUAUAACACAUCCGUUUACAUUUUAUUAAAGCUUAAAGUUAUGUGUAAUUAGAGUGUGGCCGCUUUAAGUGACAGGUGGGUGAAGUCUGUUAACAAGUCGCUACCACAGCGACAAUGUUGGUUAGAUAAUACAACCAUGGAGUAACCCCAGAUUCACAGAAUAUAGGCUUAGCCGUAUCUGUUGCUAUUUCAGUGUGUUUUCAACUCAUGAAAGCUAGUUGUGACGUUUUGGUGGUCUAAAAAGUCUUGUUCAGAGCUUGGUUGGACCCAAAGACCCCCUACGGAAUUGGAUGUUCGGUUUUUCUGUUAGGUACAUUUUGUUUAAUGGUUUGAAGCCAUUUUUGCUUGCAAAAAUUAGCAUUAGCAGUAUAACAGUUAACCAUAGCUGUAAAUGCAUCGUGCUAACCAAGCUAGCAGCUAACGUUAGGUCACCUCCACCCUCUUGGACAAGAGGGCGACGUCCAAAAUGCCAAACUCAAGGCUUCAAAACAGGAGUCCACAAACCAGUGGGUGAUGUCACAGUGGCUAUGUCCAUCAUUUUUUCCAAUCUAUGUUUACAAAUCACAUGAAAAGACCCAAAUCAAUAAUGAAUGUAUUUGCUGACAAGUAUUUGUUGUGUAUCAAAGCCUAAAAUAUCUUCUUCCUUUGUACCAUAGAGCACCGUUGUUGUCCAAAAACUAUUAAAAACACAUCAAAUCCUUCAUUACCAUGAACACGCACACUGUCGUUUAUUUUGACUCAGUCCCACAUACACUGCCCUGUUGCACAAAAAUACUCAGUAGAACAGUGAUUCUUGAAUUUUUUUCAGUAAUGUACCCCCCUUAAAAUAUAUUUUUUUAAGUGACCAGUGCUAAACAUUUUUGGUUGGAAAAAAAAGCCUAUAUGAAGUGGUACAACACAGGGCUGUGCGAUCA